GAUUUUUGUAAAUAUCAACAGUAAGGCAGUAACAUGGAGGAGUCCGAGAAGAGCAGCGAAUCUGUUUCAGCUCAAAAUAAUGCGGAUAAAGUCGGUGAUGUUUCGUCAGAAGCAUCCACUCGUCGCAAUGAUUCGGUGAAGUCAUCUCAGUCUAAACCGAGACUCAAGCUCUUCAGUAAAGUGAUGGAGAAGAGUCUGCAGUGGCUGCUGGACAACGCCAGUUUCGAUAGGUUUUCCCACUAUUUCCAGCCACUGUCAAAGCAAAACCCUCAGCUGACUGAAGCCAUGCACAAACAGUUCAUCAGCCAACUGCAGACUUUAGUACAGAAAGAAAUUGCCUCUGUGAUUGAGGAGGGCGACCUGCAGGUGAAGCUUGAAGAGUUGGACAAACUGGAGGAGCUUGCUAAAGACAUGCCACGAGCUGCAUGGCGUCCGAGUGGUGUUCCAGAGCAGGAUGUGUGCAGUGAUUUAGUGUCAUAUUAUAAGAAGCAGGAGGAGUACAUGCGGAUCCAGCUGAAGAAACUCCAGAAGGAGAACGCUGCUCUUGCUCAGAAGGUGCAGGCCGGCCGAGAGAACAUCACACACACCGAGCAGCGUAUUGCCUCAGGAGUGGAGGAAUGGAGGGCAUCUCUUGAAGAUCUGGAACCAUUUGUUUUGACUCUUUCCUCAUCUGAAAACUUUGGGUCUCUCUAACAUCCAUAGUCUGAAUAUCUUUUUCUCUCUCUUUUUUUGAUUAAGUGAAGCUUGAAUAUGAACUUAUUGUGCAUCUGCAUGGUUUAUUGUGUUAUAAUAUGCCAUUAGUAUGUGUACUCUAUUCAUUAAACAUUUCAUGCACUUUUU